AUGGGAAGACACAUCAUAUUAGGAUUUGUGUUGCUUUUCUUGUUGUUGGGAAUUGCCCCAUUAGGUUUGUGUGGAAGAUGCAUUGAAUCAGAGAAACAAGCUCUUCUCAGGUUCAAAGCAUCUAUUUAUGAUGAUCCACAUAAAAACCUUUCCUCUUGGAAUCCCAAAACCAACCGUUGCCAAUGGGAUGGCAUCACUUGUCACAAUGUUACUGGUCCUGUUCUCAAACUUGAUCUCAGUUUCUAUUCCCUACAAGCUACUAGUGUUGAUCCAUCUUUAUUGGAGUUGCAACAUUUGAUUUAUUUAGAUUUGAGUGGAAACAACUUCAAUGCCAUCUCGAUUCCUACCUUUCUUGGUUCUAUGGGGAGGUUGAGAUAUCUUUCUAUCGCUGGGUCCAAUUUCACAGGGAAGAUUCCUACCAAUCUUGGGAGAAACCUCACAGCAUUGCAGUUUCUUGAUCUCAGUUGGAAUGAUUUGCACAUCAAUGACAUGAGUUGGAUCUCUAAACUUUAG